GGCUUCACAAAAGGAUGUAUGGGCCUACACCAAAAUGUGUGAAUGUGCCAUAUGUAGCCUAGGCUACGAUAAGUAGAAUGAAACUUGAGUUGCUUACUGUUCAGGAAACCAUGUCGUUGGAAAGGCUUUUAUUUUGAACCAAACAACCGGAAAUCUUGUAUUUCACUGUAGCUAGCUUCACAUUGUUCAGUCAGGGAAUAUUCGCACAACUACUUUGAAAAGGAAUGCAGCACUCGUAGCCAACCAUACUUGAAUCUCAAGGCAUCAUCAUUCCAGUCAGCACACCAUGGCUGGCUUCAGACAAGAGGAUGUUGAGAUGUAUUAUGAGAUGGGAGAGGAACUGGGCAGUGGACAGUUUGCCAUCGUUCGUAAGUGUAAAGAGAAGAGCACAAGCAUAGAGUAUGCAGCCAAAUUCAUCAAGAAGCGGAGGUUGUCCUCUAGCCGGCGGGGGGUGAGCCGCGAGGAGAUCGAGCGUGAGGUCAACAUCCUGCGGGAGAUCCAACACAGCAACAUCAUUACCCUGCACGACAUCUUUGAAAACAAAACUGACGUGAUCCUGAUCCUAGAGCUGGUGUCUGGAGGAGAGCUAUUUGACUUCCUGGCUGAGAAGGAAUCUCUGACGGAAGAAGAGGCCACCCAGUUUCUCAAGCAGAUCCUGGACGGCGUUCAGUAUCUACACUCCAAACGCAUUGCUCACUUUGACCUCAAGCCGGAGAAUAUCAUGCUGCUGGACAAAAACGCCCCCAACCCCAGGAUCAAGCUGAUUGAUUUUGGGAUUGCUCAUCAGAUUAAAGCGGGAAAUGAGUUCAAGAACAUUUUUGGAACACCAGAGUUUGUUGCUCCAGAAAUAGUCAACUAUGAGCCACUUGGACUGGAGGCAGACAUGUGGAGCAUUGGAGUAAUAACAUACAUCCUGCUGAGUGGGGCUUCACCAUUCCUGGGCGAGACCAAGCAGGAGACCCUGACAAACAUCUCGGCUGUCAACUACGACUUUGAUGAGGAGUAUUUUAGCAACACCAGUGAGCUCGCCAAGGACUUCAUACGACGCCUGCUGGUCAAGGAUCCCAAAAAGAGAAUGACGAUUGAUGAUAGUCUUCAGCACCCCUGGAUUAAGGUGAUUAAGAGGCGAAAUGUCCGCCAGGAGGAGAGAGACCACAAGACUGAGCGCCGACGCCUGAAGACCACUCGUCUGAAGGAGUACACCAUCAAGUCCCACUCCAGCAUGCCACCCAAUAACACUUACGUCAAUUUUGAGCGCUUCUCCCAGGUCCUGGAGGAGAUCGCUGCAGCAGAGGAAGGCCUGAGAGACCUGGAGCGCAAUCAGCGCUCAUGCCGGGAGGACGUGGCGGCGCUGCUGUCCAUAUACGAGGAGAAGGAAGGCUGGUACAAGGAGGAGAACCAGAGCAUCUCCAGCGACCUGAGCCAUAUCCGCCAAGAGCUGCAGCGCACUCAAACGCAGCGCAAGAAGAGCCAGGAGGAGGCCAAGCUCACCAUGCAGUCCGCCAACGCCCUCAAGCGCAAGUACGCUCGCCUGGAAAACCGCUACGAGGUCCUGGCUGAGCAGGUGGCCUCGGAGGUCCGCUGGGUGGAGGAGCUGGUCAAGUCCAUGACUGCAGAGAAGGAUGGCCUCGGCAGCAUGCCCUGAGCCAAACUGACGUCGAAUCAUGACAUGUCCCACACAGUGCAGUUUGAGUGGGUCUGCUGUGAUCAUAAGCUGUGCUGCUGCUGCCCAUCGAGGAAAAUGUUCCACCCUCUUAAUGUCACGCUUGAGAGAACCAGCAAGAAGCAGGUAAAAUGUUUAUCCCAUUAAAUGGUCAUUCCUGUGUUAUGAGUUAAUUUAUAAUUUUAGAGAUUUUACGUACUGUUUUUUUGUCUAAAUGAUUUGCAAUUUGAAACUACAUUGGCUUGGAUUUUUUUGUGCAAUUGUUCUAAGCCUGGUUAUGUUUAAGAACUUACUGACUGUCCUGGUGCUGUAAAAGCCAUAGAGACCUCAGGUUAUUGGGCAGUUACGUGAACAACAUACAGCUCAUAGUGUCAGGGCUAUUUAUUUAUCCGGUUACAUUUCCAAUUCAAUUGCAGCUCACAUUAAAAGUUCUCUUAUAUGUUGGAACAGAGUGUCAGUUAUAAAGGAUGCAAUAAACUUAAACGCUUCGCUAAGAACAAGAAAAAGUUUUAGUGAAAUGCUUAAUUUUGCAGAUGUGUGAUUUUCCCUAAUAAUUUCUAAAUAAUUUCUUGAAGGUUUCCUGGAAAAAAACACAUAAUUUGUCUCUAGUUAUGACACGUUUUGGACAUCCAGUUAACUCAAGGUUGCGCUAGCUUAGCAUUUCGCUUUAUUUGAACUAUAAUAAGUACCAAAUUGCAUGGUUCUUUCCAGGAACCCCCCCAGGAAAUAAUUAGAAUUUUUUUUUACAGACCUGUAAGAAUAAAGUGUUUUGAAAGUAAAAACUCAUCUUUGCAGUGCCUGUAAACUGAAUGACCGUAUUGCCUCUGCGAGCACUCAUAAAUCACAGAGUUAUUGACAUUUCUAUCACAUUGAUAUUGCGCAAUGUCUUUAAUGCAAUAACUUUUGCACAUAAUCCUUAUAAUCCAAAUAGUGUGCUUGGAAACUCUCUCUAUUUACUGUAACUCUUAGUGUUUCUGGUUGCUUUCCGACCAUCUCUGCAAACU